AUGAAAGAGUGUUUCAAAGCACUCAAAAUCAACAAGUCGAAAUUCCUUCUUCCCAAAGAGGAGAAGCUCACAGCCUGGGUGCUGAAGAUGCACAAAUAUGCAUUUUUGUGGGCCAAGUCAGAAAUUGGACAAUUUCAAGCUGACUAUUUUGAUCUGGUUAUCUUUCUGACAGUCAAACAUGUUCUGUGGCAGGAAUGGAAUAUUCCAGUGCUGCCUGCCCUUAUGGAAGAUGUGAUUAAAGUCCUCUGCACCAAGGUAGCUGCAGGCACCUUCAAACACUCUCAGUCUGCAUAUUGA